AUGGCGCCCGCGGCUGACUCCGCUCCGCCAAGGAGCACUCCCGCGCAGCCGUCUGAUGCGCAAGCCUCCGCCGCUGCGGCGGAGCCCCCGCCCGCGGAUUCCCCGCCUCCACGGAUUCAAACCCUAGAGGACUUUGUAAAAGUUCACGAAAUGUUGUUACUCGCGACAGGGUUACCUCGCGAGCUCUACCCGCGACUGUUCGAGAAGAUCAUGGCGGAAAGAUUCGAUGCGGGCAGCAGAUUCGCGAUCGAGGAGGUGGAGGGCGGGCGGCAGAGGCGCGUCGUGCUGACACCUGGCGGGCAGGGAUUGGACGCGCAGGGUGACGUGUUUUUGCUGGAGAACCUCCCCAAGCUGGCGGCGCGGAUGGCGGCUCUCAUGUGCGUUGGGGGGGAGGACGAGGGGGAGGAAGAGGGGGAGGGUGAAGGGGAAGGGGAGGGGGAGGGGGAAGGGGAGGUGGGAGGAAAUGGAGAGGGGAAAACUGUAGGCGCAGAGAAGGCUGAGGAAGAAAGCAAGGGCGGAAAGUCCGUCGAUGAAAUCAUCUCACGGGCAGUUCGGGCGGCUGUGGACGCACGAAUCCCGGGAACAGAUGGGACAACGGGACGUGGAGAGGCGGAGGGAGGGGCGGAGGGGCAGGUGGAGAGCGGUGUGGAGUGGUUGGAGAUGGACGGGGAGGGGAUUGAUGAUGCCAUGCUUGCUGCUAUGAACCUGCACGAGCGCUUCCCUAACCUGGUGGGUCUGAGCCUCUGGGGUAACCGCCUCACGGACGCUGCUCGAGUGGCCUCCCUGCUCUCUCCUCUCACCUCCCUGCAUGCGCUCUGGCUCAACGACAACCCGUGUGCUGCCACCGAGUCCGCCGCUGCUGAUCUGAGAAACGCCCUCCUUGAGUCUCUCCCCAAUCUCGAGCUGUUCAACCGCCACUUCACCCGCCGCUAUUCCACCUGGGCGCUGCUCUUCGCUGCUGAUGUGGUGGGCCCUAACCGUGCCACGUUGGACGAUGACGUGGCGGCUGCUGAGCUGGCGCGGUUGACUGAAGUUGACUUGUCUGACCGGGGGAUCGUGGAGCUAAAGCAAGAGGUCUUCUCCCCAUCGUUCCUCCCUGCCCUCGCCCAUAUCAACCUCUCUCACAACCCGCUCCCACUCUCCCCACUCGCCCCCAUCGACGCCUCUCGAGCCUCUGUGCUGCUGCCCCUCGCCUUGCUUCCCUCGCUGCGCUCUCUGCAACAUCCUCUCCUCCCCGCUCUCUCUCCUCGCAGCAUCCUCUCCUCCCCGCUGUCUCUCCUCCCUCAACGUCACCUCCUCUUGCCGCGUGGCUUCCCUUCCUUCUGCGCGCUUCCCCAUUGGAUCUGGAAGGAGUUCUUCCCUUUGUUUUUCUUCCUCAUCGUUCUCCGCUUUGACCCUGAUCAAGCAGCUCUAACUUUCGCCCCGCCCACCUCGCUUUCCAUUUCCACCACCCCUUCCCCCACCACUCCUCGUUUGCCCUGUCAUUCCCAGGUGGACCUGGAAGGCCCCUUCCCCUUCGACCCAUAUGAUGCAGCUUCAACUCUCCCCCGCCUCUCCUCCCUCAAUGGCGCUCCGCUUCCCUCCUUUAUGCGCGGAGGUUCCUGGAUGUUUCCUCGCCUGCCAGCCUGGCAGCCUGGCACGCCAUUGGUGGAUCGAGUGCUGCUUGCCAUGUGGCGCCACGUGUGCAGCUACAAGCUCGCUACUGAAACACAGCUGGACGAGAGUGCUGUGUGGUACAUGAUGGACGAGUUGACUUUUGAGUCGACUCAAAAGUACGUGAUGGACGAGUUCGGCAGUGCCUUCUGGCACAGCGACCGCCCCAACUUCCGCUGUGCGCCCUUCCUCUUGACCACCUGCGCAAGCUGCCCGUGCCCUAUCCCUGCGUAUGUGAUGGACGAGUUCGGCAGUGCCUUCCGCCACAGCGACCGACCCAACUUCCGCUGUGCGCCCUUCCUCUUCCUGCCUGAUGGCUCCUUCGCCUCUGCUGUCAGGUAUGGGGCGGGUAUAGAUAAAGGUGCAUUUUGUAUGGUGAGAGUGCGGUGUGCUCUCAGGUGGGUGUGGGUGUGCUGUCAGGUGAGCGUGGGGCUGUGCUGUCAGGUGAGCGUGGGGCUGUGCUGUCAGGUGAGCGUGGGGCUGUGCUGUCAGGUGAGCGUGGGGAUGCACUGUGGCUAUCAGUGUGCUGGGUUUCUGGUGGACUUUCUCUACUCACUCGUGUGGCCGCGGGCAGCAGUGCAGCAGGGAGAGGAAUGUACGAGGGACUAUCUCGCCGGGGUGGGGCAGGAUUGCCUUCCUCUCAUCGCCUCUCGUCUCACGCAUUGCCCCUCCCUGCCCUCCCAUACCUGCGCAGCUGCGCUCUCCUCUCUGCUCACAUGGCUCCUCUCUGUUCUCCUCCCUUCCUCCAGCUACUCGCUGGUGUGGCCGCUGGCAGCAGUGCAGGCGGGGGAGGAGUGCACAAGGGAUUAUCUCGCCGGGGUGGGGGAGGAGCAGCAGCGCUCCGCCAAGCUUUCUGCCUAUGAGCAGCGCCUGUGCAGGUUCGCAGCAGCGUCUGCAAAGAACGCAGAGGCAACCGCUUUUCUUGCUUGUGCCGAACCCGACAAUAAAGAGGACAACGCAGGAGGAGGAGAGGCUGGUGGAGCAACAGGCAAACCAGAGAAAGCAGACGAGCCGGAGAAGCUGGAAGCAGGGAAGCGGGUUUAUCGAGUGUUCAGCGAUCUUCCACACGUCCUCGACACACUCUCCCGCCCCGAAUUCACUUUUGUGGACGCCCCCAGCGAAGCAGACAUCAUAUGGACGAGCAUGCAGGUGGACGAUGCUUUUCGAGAGGCUAGAGAGGUGGACGAUGCGUUCAGAGAUGCGGCUGGGCUGAAGGAGAGGCGGGAGAAGAGCGGGCAGGAGCCGUUGGUGAACCAGUUCCCGUUUGAGGCAUGCAUUGUGAUGAAACAUCAUCUGGCGAAGACCAUCCAGCAGGCGUACGGCAACACGCGCCCCUGGCUGCAAGACACGUACGACAUGCAGUCGGAGCUGGCAGCGCUCAUAGGGUGCUUCCAGCAGAGGGAGGCGGCGGAAGUUGCUGGUGCAGGGAGGCGACUGAUUGCCAGCUAUGAGGGCCGUGGGGCGCCUGAGAAGAAUGAGGACCCCGAUCUGGACAACACGUGGAUCUUAAAGCCCUGGAAUCUCGCGCGCAGCAUGGAUGCAACGGUGGCGCGCCAGCUGGCGCAGAUCGUACGGCUGGCAGAGACCGGCCCCAAGGUGGCCCAGAAGUACAUCUUCCGCCCCGCGCUCUUCCACGGGCGCAAGUUCGACCUGCGCUUCCUGCUGCUGCUCAAGAGACUCAAGCCGCUGGAGGUGUAUCUCUCCGACGUGUUCUGGGCAGAGACCAUUCGGCUGGCAGAGACCGGCCCCAAGGUGGCCCAGAAGUUCAUCUCCCGCCCCGCGCUCUUCCACGGGAGGAAGUUCGACCUGCGCCUCCUGCUGCUGCUCAAGCGGCUCAAACCGCUGGAGGCAUAUCUCUCUGACGUCUUCUGGGCUCGCAUCGCCAACAACAAGUAUUCUCAAGCAGAGGACUCCCUGUCGGACUUCCAGACACACUUCACUGUCAUGGUAUGGUGCGAAUAUGCUUUUGUUGACAUGCCAUCCUUUCCCCUGUAUCCCUCUCUCCAUCCUCCCCUCUCUCCAUCCUCCCCUCUCUCCAUCCUUCCCUCUCUCCAUCCUCCCCUCUCUCCAUCCUCCCCUCUCUCCAUCCUCCCCUCUCUCCAUCCUCCCCUCUCUCCAUCCUCCCCUCUCCAUCCCCCCCUCUCUCCAUUCCUCCCCCUCUCCAUCCUCUCACACUCUCGUCAGAACUACAGUGGUCACAAGUAUGAGCACGUUCCAACACACGAGUUUGUGCAGGCGUUUGAGCACGAGCACAGCGUGACGUGGCAAUCUAUCGACCAAUCAGUGCAGAGGAUGCUGCGGGAGCUCCUGGCUGCUGCUGUCACCGUCCACCCCGAGAUGCAACCAGAUGACGACACCUGUCGAGCAAUCUACGGUGUGGAUGUGAUGCUGGAUGAUCACUUCCAACCCAAGCUUCUAGAGGUAACAUACUGCCCGGACUGCACGCGUGCUGUGACGUACGACAUGAAGAGGAUCUUCCCAAGGCCUACCGGCUCAGAGGGCAGUGCAGAAGCGGAAGAUGAAUCCGCGUGGCUGCGACCCAAAACCUUUUUCAACGAUGUGUUUGGGUGCCUCUUCCUAGGAGAAACCCAGAACGUGCGGCGCUUGUGA